AUGAAGAUCGCAGUGCUCUUAGUCCCAUUCGUGGCGCAUCUGGGAGGCGCGCGCAUUUCGCCAUCGUGUCAGGGUUCCUCGUGUCAUUCCGUGGCGCGGCUCGUGCUCUCGAGUUCCUCGGUCACGGGACCCUGCGAUAUCGAUAACGGUGGUUGUGAGCAGCAUUGCCGAGUGCGGAACGGCUCUGCGGAAUGCUUCUGUGAUUCGGGCUUCCUUCUCGGAUUCAACGACAAAGAUUGCCUCGACAUAAACGAAUGCAGAAUCCUCACCCCUAAUCCAUGCGACCACAAGUGCAUCAACCUACCAGGCUCCUACCGCUGCGUAUGCAAUUCCACCUUCGUUCUUUCGCCAUUCGAUUUCAAAACCUGCGUAUCUCAGAACGAGUCGUUCGAUACCUCGUACUUGCGUAGCUCUAGAUACAAUAUUGACCACUGCCGAACAAAUAACGGGGGAUGCGCUCACAACUGUCAGCCGGACCACACUUCGAAAGCUCGGGUCAAAUGUUCCUGUCGGAGCGGCUUCCGGCUGGCCAAGGACGGAAAAGAGUGCAAGGAUGUCAACGAGUGUUCAAGAAACAACGGUGGCUGCGAGCAGAUUUGCAAGAACAAACACGGCGGCUAUCAUUGCGCCUGCUACAACGGACACAAACUCCACCAGGACGGUCGACGCUGUGUGCUGUCGGAGAUCACGGGGCUCAAACGAAUGGAAAUGCAUUCGAAAACCGUCAGGAGUAACGAAACGCAAUUCGUCGACCUCUCCAGAUACCUGAGACAGUGUCCCUACGAUAGGUACGGAAAAAACUGCGAACACAACUGUUACUGCCAUCCACAAAACGGAAAAUGCCACAAACGAACCGGUCACUGCAAGUGCAAAGCCGGCUUCCACGGGAGACAUUGCCACCAGAAAUGCAACCCGGGGACGUACGGGCCGAACUGCAAGCGCAAGUGUAACUGCGGCCCGAACUCCGAAGGCUGCCACAAGAGUUCCGGGAGGUGCGUGUGUAAGAAAGGAUUCAGCGGAUCGGACUGCUCGAUCUCGGGCUGCCCCGACGGAUACUUCGGCUCGGAUUGUUUGACGCCUUGCCGGUGCAUGAACGGCGCCAAAUGUCACAGCCAGACCGGAGCGUGUGAGUGCGCGCCAGGAUUUCACGGCUACAGUUGCGAGUCGCAUUGCCCCGAGGGCUCCUACGGUCACGGAUGUCGUCGUCGCUGCAGCGGAUGUGAGGUGUGCCACCCGAUCACCGGCGUAUGCUUGUCUCAGUUCCGAUUCAACUGUCGAGGGGAUGCGUGCCGAUCAUCAUUACAGAAGUGUGACUGUGAGCAUGGGUCGUGUUUGGCGGGCAAGUGUAUCUGUACCCCCGGCUGGCGGGGGGAGCGCUGCGAUCAGCAGUGCCCGCCAGAUUGGUACGGCCAGAACUGCCAGCAAAAAUGUCGAUGUACCAAAGGACGGUGUCAUCCGUCCGACGGAAGGUGCGUCUGUCCUCCAGGCUAUACGGGAUCUCGUUGCGAGCAACCCUGCGCAAAAGGAUUCUUCGGCAACAACUGCAAUUACACAUGCAGCUGCUCGAGAAAAAGUGUCUGCGAUCACGUGACUGGUACGUGCCAAUGCCCAACAGGCUUCGAGGGAUCUCGUUGCGACACGCCCUGUAGAAACGGGUACUACGGACCGAGUUGCAGUUUUCGUUGCCACUGCAUGAACGAAGCUCCGUGUGACGCCUUCACCGGCGGCUGUCGUUGCCUGGCCGGAUACACAGGACCCCGUUGCGAAAAUCAGUGCCCACCGCUCUCGGCCGGCCCCUACUGCGGAUUGAUCUGUCAAUGCAAGAACGCCGGCACUUGUGACCCGGUCACCGGCUUCUGUGAGUGUCCUGCCGGCUUCCAGGGCAGGUAUUGCGAGCGAACGUGUGACGAAGGUUUCUACGGACCGUCGUGUGCGUUCAAAUGCUCUUGUUCCAAGUGUGAUCCGGUGAGCGGGGACUGUUUGGUAGGAGGAGGCAACUCGGAGCUAUGA